AUGAUUGGUGAGUUGUUAGCCCAAAAGAAAUCCAACGAUGAAGAGCAACAAAUAUUGUCGAUGAAGAAAUCAAUGGACUCCCCAUUUGUUGAAAAAAUAAGGCGCUUCCGCCCACCUUCGAACUUCAAUCAGCCUCAAUUCAAAGAAUUUUUUGAAGGACGCAGUGGAAAUCCAGUGGAGCAUAUCCAACAAUUUCAAGCCUCAAUGAGUUUGUGGAGCUUCAGCGACGAGCUACUCUGCAGAACCUUUCCAAUGACCUUAACGGGUAAGGCUCUAACUUGGUUCUCACAAUUAGAGUCAAAUUCAAUUAGGAGUUUCAGAAUGCUAUCAGAUGCGUUUUUCGAGCAGUACAAGAUUAACCUCGGAAUAAAAAAAGAAAGCAGUCAUUUAUUCCUCUUACAUCGAGAGCCAGGCGAGAGUCUUUUUUAUUUUAAUAGGAGGUUUCGUCAGGAAGUUAAUGAAAUUGGAAAGGUGGACGAGGGAUUCAUAAUAGAAGCAUAUAAAAAUGCAAUGGAUGAUGAUGAGUUUAGAAUUUACAACUCAUUAGCAGUUCAACCAGUCGAAACCCUCAAGGAGUUGUAUGACAGGGGUAAUAGGUAUGCGAAAGAUGAGAAGGAAAAGAAAGCAAAUUUGUCACGGACAACAAAAAGGUCCGGAGCUAAGGGACACACAAAACCGAAGCAGCAAUUCGAUGGCAGUACCAAAAGCAAGAGUCAUGAAGGUCAUAAUAGGAAAAUGAGAAACGAAGAAGAUUCUCAUAAGAUUCAAGAAAAACAAAGUUUCCCAAGCUGA